UGAAAUUGGACUCUUGGAUUUUUGAUUUUGGAUUUAAAUUGGACACUAAAUGAAAUACUAAAUAUAAUUCCAUUCAAAUGGCGAUGUUAGUGAACAACAGAUGACAAAGACUGAUUCAUUAACUAAAAGUUAAUAAAGCAAUUAAGAGAAUUAGUAAAAGACUUCAUUCGAGAUAUAAAAAUACAGUGAUAUCUUAUUGGAAGGAACCAUUCGCCUGUUGUAAAAUACUUAUCUUCCGAAAUGGCGAAAGACGCAGCAUCCCUCGUGUACGACUAUCUAGUCUUCGUGAUAUUCAUUUUACUGAGUUCCCUAAUUCCCCUCUGGAGCAAAUUGAGGGCCCCAAAUAAAACAUCUACUAAAGCCGAUUAUGUUUUUGCUGCUGGAGCCUCUGUUUCCAUGGGGGCGAUGAUGCUGUCGAUAGCCAGAGGGACUUUGGGGGUUAGAAGUUUCCUUGGUUAUCCAAGUGAACUGUUCUACCGAGGCAGUGCGAUGUGGGAGACUUUGUAUGGAAUGCUCUGCGCCUACCCUGUCGUCUGUUUUGUCUUCGUACCUGUAUAUUACUCAUUAGGAAUUACUUCUGUUUAUCAGUAUUUAGAUAUGAGAUUUAAUAGUCGUUUAGUAAGAUGUUUAGCUUCAGGAACUUAUAUAGUUAGACAACUACUUAAUCUAGGUGUCACCGUAUUUACACCUUGUGUUGCACUGAACACAGUCAUUGGAGUUCCAUAUUGGGCCAGUAUUAUGAGCAUCACUGCUAUCAGUGUCAUCUUCACUAUUUUGGGUGGAUUGAAGGCUGCGAUAUUGGCAGAUGUUGUCCAAGGUUUGACUAUGAUUGCAGUAAGUUUUGCUAUCAUAAUUCAGGCUUGCAUCGAAGUUGGCGGCUUUGGAAAUGUAUUCAACAUCAGUGUGGAAAGGGGACGUCUAAAGUUCUUCCAAUUUGCCUUCGAUCCAACAGUCAGAGUGGAUACUUUAUCAGCUUGGCUUGGCCAAUUGUUCAUGUCUUUGACAAUAUUUGGAUGUCAACAAAAUUUCGUGCAGAGAUAUUUAAGUAUGGGAUCACAGAAAAAGGUUACGAAGACCUUGAUGUCAAAUAUGCCAGUGAUAACAGUUUUAUUCAGUUUAUCAUGGGUUGCCGGAAUGGGAAUAUUUGCAGCAUAUUCUGAUUGUGAUCCUUUGACCACUGGAUAUAUCAAAAAGAUGGAUGAAAUUUUACCAUUUUUCGUUGAAGACAAAUUCACGUAUAUUCCUGGAUUAUUGGGGCUGUGCAUGGGGACUUUGUUCAAUGGAGCACUGAGUUUGUCGGUAUCAAAUUUGAACUCCUUAUCCACUGUCACUUGGGAAGAUUUUUUGAGCCAUGCACCAAUUUUCAAGGGAUAUACAGACAAGCAGCAAUUGAAUGUUAUUAAAACUGUUGGUUGCUUUUAUGGAAUCAUUAUAAUGGGGAUCAGUUUUGGAGUGGGUCUUUUAUCUGGUGUAAUUGAAAGCUCUUUGCUGAUGACUUCAGCUACUUCUGGACCACUUCUUGGUGUCUUCGUGCUGGCCAUGUUGAUACCAUGUGCCAACUGGAAGGGAGCUGCAACUGGAAUGAUUGUAUCUCACAUAAUUACUUUGUGGAUCACAUUUGGAGGUUUGACUGUCGAAAAAGCACCAACGGUCAUGUUGCCUUUAUCCACUGCAGGUUGUACAAACGAGAGCUUUUCUUCUCACAUAUAUCUUCCUGGACAACAAUGGCCAGUCAGUACACCAUUGGAAGUAGAUUGGGCCAAAAAUAAUAUAUCUAGUACUGUUUUGAAUACUAAUGCAAGCGAUCUGACUAGUUCUGAACAACACAGUGAUCCCUUGAAGGCACUCUACUCGAUCACCUACAUGUACUACAGUUUCAUCGGAACAACUCUGACAGUGAUCAUCGGAACAAUAAUUUCCUACUUCACAAGUUCAGAAAAUGACAUCUACGAUGAAAAAUUAUUGCAUCCAUUUAUUCUGAAACUAAGCAGACUCUGUCCAGGAAAACCAAGAGCCUACCUAGGAAGCAAAUGUGCAAACAGUGCAAUAAUAAAAAAAGAAACAAUAUCCAAACAAGUGGCAUCUGAUAAUUUUGCUUUCGACAUCAACGAAACCGAGGAAUCAAAUACUCUAAAACAAAAAAAUGGAAUAUUAAAAGAAAGAAAAUCUUCCAGAAACCAAAAUGGCAUUGAUGAUGGUAAACAUUGUUAUUCCAAUGAAGAUCCCGAAUGUUCUGAUGAAAAUAUUAUGAAUGGUGAGAAACCUUCUACUAAAAUUGCCGAUGAUGAUGUUAUAAUAGCGAAAAAUUAUGUUCUGAACAAAAUUCAAUUAAAAGACGAACCUGGAAAUAUUGGGACUUUCAGAAAGUUAGAUCAUGAUUAAAUUGAACCCUACGAGGUAAUUGUUUAUACUUAAUUAGUAAUAUAGUGUUAAACUUUACAAAAGUGCUAAGUGAGAGUGAACUUAAAAUUUGGU